GAGGUCAUAUUCCGACCGCUUGCUUUGGGCCAUAAUAUGAUGGUAUUAGGUCCGACAAUGAACUUCAUCCGGCUCAUUCUACCGAUGCAGUGCAAUUUCAUCAUGACCCAAAGUGGUAUUAGUAAUUUCAGGAUCGACUCUAAGCUGGAUGCUCAACUGAAGACUGCUUAUUCAAAACGACAAGAACUCAGUGAAGACGAUCUUCGCAAUAUUGUGGUUGGUAAAGAUUCUGCGAGCGCUCCGAAUAAAGCACCAGUGCCAUGGUCAAAAGAAACGAGCAAUGAUGGAAAUCAUUCACCGCUAGAGGAUGACAGUCUCGACAUCAAAUAUGAUGCGUUUGAUUUCCGGUAG